GGUGGCUGUCAACGCCGUGUGUAAACACCUACACGGAGCAGAGCUGCGGAGACAGCACGGAGCGAGUUCCCGUUAUUAAAUUAAUGCCUGUGAAUGGCAGGGCUUGUAUGAGAGCUCCGCCGCUGACUGUGCGUCCCAGCAGGAAAGCGUGGAGGAGAAAGAGGCGCUCUCCGCCGCCGGUUUCAUUGUGAGCAGGACGGACGCAGCUAAGCGGUGUCCGUCGACGACCAUGGCAGCGGCGACCGUUGUGGAGGCGGACCCGGCGCCGAGCGACAGCGGCGCCGCUUUCUCCGGCGUCCAGAGCCGCGGCUGGGACGAAUCUCAGCUCCGAAAAUACUCGUUCCCCACCAAGCCCAUCCCCAGGCUUUCUCACACGGACCCCAGAGCGGAGAUGCUAAUAAAUAACGAGGAGCCGGUGGUUUUAACAGACACGAACCUUGUAUAUCCGGCUCUCAAAUGGGACAUUGCGUACCUCCAGGAGAACAUUGGAAAUGGAGACUUCUCUGUUUACAUCGCAGAAAAGCACAAAUUCCUCUACUACGAUGAGAAAAAAAUGUCUAACUUUGAGAACUUUGUCCCCAAGUCUCAACGAAUGGAAAUGAAAUUCUCUGAAUUUGUGGAUAAAAUGCAUGAAACGGAGGAAAUGGAAGGAGAAGAAAGAGUAUAUCUGCAGCAGACCCUGAAUGACACAGUAGGAAAGAAGAUAGUUGUUGACUUUCUUGGUUUCAACUGGAACUGGAUCAACAAGCAGCAAGCCAAGAGGAACUGGGGACAGCUGACAUCCAACCUGCUGCUCAUAGGCAUGGAGGGCAAUGUGACGCCGGCACAUUACGACGAGCAGCAGAACUUCUUUGCACAGAUCAAAGGCCAUAAGAGAUGCAUUCUUUUCCCUCCAGACCAAUUUGAAUAUCUCUAUCCAUAUCCUGUCCAUCAUCCAUGUGACAGACAGAGCCAAGUUGAUUUUGAUAACCCAGACUAUGAGAAGUUUCCCAAUUUUAAAAAUGUUGUUGGCUAUGAGGCUGUAGUGGGCCCUGGAGAUGUGCUAUACAUCCCUAUGUAUUGGUGGCAUCACAUUGAGUCACUGUUGAAUGGUGGAGUGACAAUCACUGUAAACUUCUGGUACAAAGGCGCCCCCACACCGAAAAGGAUAGAAUAUCCUCUGCGAGCUCAUCAGAAGGUGGCCAUCAUGAGAAAUAUUGAGAAGAUGCUGGGAGAAGCACUUGGAGAUCCACAUGAAGUCGGACCUUUGCUGAAAACAAUGAUCAAGGGGCGAUAUGACCAGGAUCUCAGUUAGAGGCCCGCCAUUAAAACUGUUCACUAGACAGCUUCAGGAACUGUAUGCAUGUGAAAGUGACACUGCUGGUGAGUUUAACUCGCAAUCUGUCUUUGGAGCUAAGUAACACUGCAUGGCAAUGAGCAGCCGUCUUGAAACCAUUCUGCUUCAGUCGUCUCCGAGUGCCAUCGUCAUUGCAAACACAACAAUUACAGAAAAAUCCUCCAACUAACUCAUGGAAUUUCGACCUACUUGAAGACUUUUUUCGAUUGUCCUUGAAGACGAAACCUAAUUGGAUGCAAGUCUACAUGUAUUUAUGUCAAUCAGUAUUCUCUUAACAGUUCAGUCCAGCUAAUGAGUAUUAGCUUUAAUCGGGAAUUGUCUGAGAUUGGUACCUUUGGAGCAACCUCAAUAUUUUGACCACUAAUGGAUGGAUUAAAGGGUAUUAUAUAUUUUUAUAUACAGUACACAUCAGUUAAACAGCGGAUAUUUAUUAUGGAUUAACUCAUCUGUGGCUUGAUUAGUAAUAUUUACAUGAGCAUAUUCUCCAUCUUUAUCACAAAGACAGCUAUGCUACUGAGUGACUUGAAAAUAUUUAUCUACAUUAUCUCCACUAGUGACGUGGCUUAGGGCAGUGAUCGGCAAGAUUUUUGAUUCAACGUAGACAGCAUAGGCACAUGCAUUAAAAACACAGAAGUACAGUAGUUAAAAACUGAUGAAAUAUGAUUAAAAUGUAUGGCUGUGAUAAAAGGGUGCUCAUAUAUUCAGUUGAAGGAAUAUGUGACCUCUAUAAGCUAAGUUUUUUUUUUAAAGCAGAGUGAUUGCUUUUUGUUUUAUAAAUGCUCUUGUUUGAUUUGUAUUUCAAGGACUUUAUUGGAUGUGUUAUUCUGCUUACUAGAAACAGAUGAGGGAGUGCUGACAUUACAUUACACAGUGUAAUUUUGGUUGCAAAUAGUUAAUUUUAAGACUCAGAAGAAAAUACAGGAGGCUGCUGUGUUAUGGUGAAAUUUCUGAGUAAUACAAUAAUAAUAACAACAACGAGAGUAAAAGUGGUUUAAGUAAAUUGCAUAAAUGAUAGAUUUAUGUUAAAAUGCUAUUAGCUGACUGCACUAGCAGGAAGAUCCGCUGGAACAUUGCUUAGUAUAGCCAUUGCAAUGCAAUAUAUGGCACCAUCUAGUGGUCAGGUUUGCAAAUGCAUGAUAAACCUGACGUCUUACCUGAUCUACGCUGCAAUAUAAUAAUUACUCCGCGGAGUUAUGUGACGAUCGGCAUACGUGUGUUUGUCUGUCUGUGCACAACAUUACUCAAAAACUGAACAACGGAUUUGGAUGAAAUUUUCAGGGAAGGUCAGAAAUGACACAAGGACCACCUGAUUAGAUUUUGGCAGUGAUGCGGCUUAUAAUCUGGAUCCACGGAUUUUGUUAAAGAUUUCUGUAUCAUUUAGGGCUGGAUCUCAAUAUCCAAUUAUUUGGUUGUUGUGGUGGUAUCUGAAUAUCAAUUUUGAGAUCUGAAUACUCGGAUCUGCUGCUUCCUCGCCCCCCGCUGUAUCAGGCGGACCUACCAACCGUGAUGUCACACUUCAGUUCACCUGUGUUAGUAAACAGAAGACAAAAGCCGAAGACCGAGAUAUCCAUGCUAAUGCUAUGAUAAUGCUGUCGGACUCCAACAAUGAACACUCUGAGAAGCAAGAUGAAAGUUCUCAAAAAUGUGCUUCACCUCCACCCCCGGCCAACGAACCAAAUAUUCAAAUAUUCGUCAUUAAUUGGGCCGAAAUAUCUGGAGCAAAGAAAUUGCAAUUUGGACCAGCCCUAAAAUCAUUGUGAGAUAGCGGCAUGGCAUCACUUUAACUGUGACAACAAGUGAACGCUACAUCAGCUGCCUGCUGACGAUCACAUGAUUGCUAUCCUACUACAAAUCCAACGCUGUGGACGUAUCGGGACUGAUCUGCCAGAAAUCAUACAACGACUGAGCAGCCUUGGCAGAGUACUGUGCUCUCUGAGUGCUUUUCUUGUUCAAUAUGUUGUAGUAAAUGCAGCAGAUCUGAGAUAUAAUGAUGAUGCAGUUUGUACUAAAAGCUGAAUUCCUGAUACCUGUUGAUUAACAAUCAUCUGAAAUCCAAUUAUUUUUACUUUUGCACAGACAUGUUUUAAAGACCUCAAAGUGAAAGCAACUUGAAAGAUAGCUGUGCAAGUUUAAAGUGCUCUUUUGAAUCACUAUAAAGAUUUACAUGAUAAAAAGGGGAUAAUUUCAUAUACUGUGCUGUAUGUGCCAAACCAACACACAAACCAGUAAUGAGUAUCUUCAUGAUUAGAACAUUUUUGCAUGUGAAAUUGGAUGGACCAGCAAAUGGUGAACUUUAAAAGUUUUCAAGAGUUUUGUCUGAUUAAGGUUCAACCUUUAAACUGCUGAUUAUGUGCAUAUGUAUUUAAUACAAAUUGCACAAUGAUCAAAUAAUGACUGAUAAUUCCUCUUUAAAAAAUAAUUUACCAGACAAAAGACUGAUAUUUCAUCCUCUUCUACUGAUAAGUUAAUCGUUUACGUCAUGUGCCUUGCCAUACAUUGGCAUGGCAUUAAUUGUUGCAGAAGCUCGAUUUUUAAUUUUCUAUUUUAUGGUAAAAAAAAAAAAAAAAGUUUGUUUUCACUCUGGCAUUAAACAGCUUUAAUGGUGAGAAUGACAACAGUUCAUAGAGAUAGAGGCAUGUUUUUAUUGAUGGGUGCCUGUUUUUUUUGUGUUUGAACAUGUGGUCUCCCUAUUUCUCUGAUUAAAGUUUGUUUUAAAAGUUCUAAA